AUGUCCACGUCCACACCCGACCUACGACCCUACGUCCGCACACGGUCAUGGGACCGCUACGAGGCUGAGCCCCUGACCCGUUCUGCCAUAUGUCUCGUUCUGUCUUCCCUUCUUUCUUUCUUUCUUUCUUUCUUUCUUUCUUUUCUUUCUGAAACCAACACACCCGUUUCUUUCUCUCUUUCUCUUACUCUCUCUGUCUUUCUCUCUGCCUCCUUCCCUCCCAGUCUGUAUUCUCUGUUUCUCACUCUCUCUCAGUCUUUCUCUCUCUCUUUCUCUUCCAAUCUGUAUCUCUCUUUCUCAGUAUGUCUCUCUCAGCAUGUCUCUCUCUUUCUCUCUUUCUCUCUUUUUCUCACUCUGUCUGUCUUUCUCUCCCAAUCUGUAUCUUUCUCUGAGUUUUUCUCUCUCAAUAUCUCUCUCUUUUUCUCUCUCUCUCUCUCUCUCUCUCUCUCAGAAUGUCUCUAUCUCUUUCUCUCUCUCUCUCAGUCUGUCUGUAUCUCCCUCAGUCUGUUUUUCUCACCGACUGCAGCAUGUAAAUGGUGA